GGGAGAGUCUUAAGAGACUGAAAGCCGAGCACUCGGAGGAGGUGUCACACAUGGAAACAGCUGGCCCCCACACACAGCACCGAGCGUCUCACACAGGAGGGAAACGCACUUGCAGAAGGUUAUGAGUUCAGGACAAAAAAAUGCUUUCGACUACAGACAAGCAGGUGUCUGCCAUGGUGGCCAACGUCUCGAUCGAUAGCUGUGAAGCUCAUACCCCGCUGUCCUCCCGCACGCUGCUCCUGGUCGGUUAUAGCAUGCUGCUGCCGCUAGGAGUCCUACUGAAUGGAGUGUCCCUGUUUGUGUUUCUCCGCUGGCUUCGACCUCUGAGCGUGGUGGGGAUCUUCCUGUGCAAUCUGGCUCUCAGCGACUUGCUAUUCUCCCUCUCUCUUCCAUUCAGGGUCUAUUACUAUGCCAAUCACCACUGGCCAUUUGGCUCCUUCCUCUGCCGUUUCUCUGGCUCCAUUUUCCAUAUCAACAUGUAUGGCAGUUGUCUGUUCCUACUCUGUAUAAACGUGGAUCGUUACUUGGCCAUAGUACAUCCUCUGCGCUUUCGACACCUACGACGGCGUAAAAUUGCCCGUUUGACCUGUCUGGCUGUCUGGCUUCUCAUUGUGAGCGGGUCAGUACCUGCAGCCCUUGUGCACAGUUCAACUAAUUGCUGGGAUGGAGAUUCAGAGGUCCCACGCUGUUUUGAAGGACUGAGCAAGUGGCAAGGCCGCGUCCUACCCCUGUUGUUGGUGGCUGAGGUUCUUGGGUUCCUCUUGCCACUGGGAGGAGUGCUGUAUGGAUCUUGCCAUGUGUUUUGGGAGCUAUGCAAGGCACAAGAGGGUCAGCAGCGUCACAAGAAGACUAUAAAGCUACUCACCCUGAAUCUCGUAAUCUUCAUUUUCUGCUUUGUUCCGUACAAUACAGUGCUUGUUGCCUAUGGGCUGUUGAGAGCAAAACUGGUGCCCGACGUGUGGAACGCAAUGCCGGUCUUGAAAAAGAUUCUUUCCGUUACCGUUCUACUUGCCAGCACGAACUGUGUUCUCGACCCAAUGAUUUAUUAUUUCAGCACAGAAGGUUUUAGAAAGACGCUGCAUAAACUCAGCAGGAUUUCCAAAAGCUCAAAUACAAAGGGGUCAUCCGGCAGCAAUAGCAAGGAUAAAGUGGAACCCAUCAAGGAGAUAUUGGCUGGGUUGAACACGGAGUUCAGGGACAAUGAUGGUGAAAACAAGGGGUUGCAAGGGGCAUCUGUUAGAGUUGGAGAGGUUAAUGGUAAAGAUGGAAAGAAACUGCUGGAAGAAUCUGAGAUCUGAGCCGGGAAACGCUGACAACUUUCAUCCCGGGUAUGGUCUUGUAAUUAAGAGGUCUGAGAACAAACAUGGCGCAGACAGGACAAUCAUUUUCAAGCAAUUAUGCCAAACACCAAUGGGAACUUAAGAAAUAAAGUGUGGAUAC